AUGGAGAGAUCCUCUACAGACGCAGACCUCAUCGAGAGCGGCUGGGGAUCCAGAGGCCUGUUUGUCGUGUUGCUGGUCCAGAUUUCCCCGCUCAAUUCUGUGGAAAACCCUUCAGCAAUCGACAAGAUGCUCGCCAGCAAGUUUCUCACCGCCGCUGCAUUCGCCCUCACCAGCAUUACUGGGGUCCUCGCCGCCCCUGCGACGACCAUAAACUCACAAUGCCCAGUGACGUACGAGGAGACGUUCACCCAGACGUUGUCCAUCAUCGCCCCCACCACAACCGGGCCCUUUGAGACCACCACCUUCGUCGAAACGCUCGUCAGUUACCCUCUAGCUACGGAGACCAUCACGGAGACGGACACGAUCUCUGGUACGGUCUGGGUGGGAUACCCGACGUACACCCCUACGACAACCUUUUACACUACGACGUAUACGGAGACUUACACCUACACGAACUACUAUGGAGAGCCCCCCUUCCCCACUGAUUGCUCUCAGUGA